CGCGCAGGCGCGCGGGGAGGCUCAGAAGCGAAUUCUACGCGGGGAAGCUCAGGAGGGAGGUGGAGGCUCCGCUGGGCGGGCGGCGGUGAUCCCACGUGCUCUCCCGGGCCGGUUGAAACCGUUGGCGGGCGCUGGCUGAGAGGACAAGACUUAAAACCUAUCUUGGAUAAAGAAUAUUUAAUCAUUUAGCUCAAAAUGGUAUUUUUUACAUGCAAUGCAUGUGGCGAAUCAGUGAAGAAAGUACAAGUGGAAAAGCACGUGGCUCUUUGCAGAAAUUGUGAAUGUCUUUCCUGCAUUGACUGCGGUAAAGACUUCUGGGGUGACGACUAUAAAAACCAUGUGAAAUGCAUAACCGAAGAUCAAAAGUACGGCGGCAAAGGUUACGAAGGUAAAACCCACAAAGGCGAUGUUAAGCAGCAGGCUUGGAUUCAGAAAAUUAAUGAAUUAAUAAAAAGACCCAGUGUCAGCCCCAAAGUGAGGGAACUUUUAGAGCAAAUUAGUGGUUUUGACAACGUUCCCAGGAAAAAGGCGAAAUUUCAGAAUUGGAUGAAGAACAGUUUAAAAGUUCAUAAUGAAUCUAUCCUGGAGCAGGUGUGGAAUAUCUUUUCUGAAGCUUCCAGCAAUGAACCAGUCGGGAAGAAGCCAGAUCAGCAGCCACUGGAGCAUGUGGCCAGGCCACAUGGGGAAAAUGCCACCAACGUUCCAUCGUCCCAAGCAAAUGAGAGCAUGGCAGAGCCAGCUGAGGCCAAGAAGAAUAAGAGAGAAAGGAAGGAGGAACGGCAGAAGAAGAGAAAAAAAGAAAAGAAAGAACUAAAACUGGAAAACCACCAGGAGAAUUCAAAAAGUCAGAAGCCUAAAAAGCGCAAAGCGGGACAGGAGGCCGAGCAGGAGGCCAAAGGUGGGGAUACCACCGAGGCCACCAGCCCCACGGGGAAGAAGCAGCAGAGGAAGGGGAGCAAGGCAGAGCGCGCCCGGCCCGGGGCUGUGGAUGGAGCUGCGGAGGCCGGGUCGCCGCAAACCAGUCCAGGGAAGAGAAAGCGGAAGCAUUCGGAAGUUGAAGCAGAUUCAAAGAAGAAAAAGAUUAAGCUCCCAGAACAUUCUGAGGGUGGAGAACCGGAAAACCAUGAGACUCCUGCAAAAGGUAAAUUCAACUGGAAGGGAACUAUUAAAGCGGUUCUGAAGCAAGCCCCCGACAACGAAAUGACAAUCAAAAAGCUAAGGAAAAAGGUUCUAGCCCAGUAUUAUGCUGUGACAGAUGAACAUCACAAGUCUGAAGAGGAACUCCUGGUCAUCUUCAACAAGAAAGUCAGCAAGAACCCCACCUUUAAGUUAUUGAAGGACAAGAUCAAGCUUUUAAAAUGAACAUUUUUAUAUUGAAAAAUUGGAUCCACUCUGUUGAUUUUUUCCUUUUACCACUGUUUGUAAACAUGCAAUGAAUUAUAACAACUCAAAUUUUGCUUUCCAAAGCUGUAUUUUUAAGUUAAGAAAAAUAUAUUUUUCAGUAGACCUUAUAUAAAAAAAUAAAAUAUAUUCUCAUCCCAA